CAUGUAUAGUAAAUAGUACAAAGAAAGAAAGAAGAGACCACGUACCAACUGUCAAUUACCAACUCGGUCGUUUUGAGGGUUUCCAUUCUGUGAGUCCUGAAUGGUAUGCAUUUAAUUUAAAACGUAAAUGAGAAUGAAUUCAAAUAUUUCCAGCUUAAAUGCGGCCAUGGCUAUGGAAACUUCAAUUUUUCCCUUCACUUGCAUGAAUUCUCUAUUUCCUUCCCAACAGCUUUGGAUUUUGGGCUCCAGAGAACUCAUCUUCUCAUUUCAGUUAUUCUUGAGAGACAGACAGCACUAGACUUGAAAUAUGGAGAUAUGAUUGCCAGUCACCAUGCGCAGAGUGAAAAUGGAAUCUCGUAGGAGAUCAUCAGCACUUGAACUGAUCCUUUUACCAGUAUUCGGUUUUUUAAUGGGAUAUUUUGUUGGUUCUUCGUUUCAUACAGUUAUGACAUUGAAGGUAGAGUUGGCUAGGCAUGUGCCGAAUCCAUAUUCAGAGAGGAUUGAUCCACUGUUCUUUUGUGAACAGAUUUUUGUAAACUCAAUACAGGAUCCAUUGUUUACUUCAGAAACCAAGUAUGCUAAUCUGGUUUCUAAACCAAAAGAAAGCAUAAAGAUAUAUGUUCCAACAAAUCCGCGUGGAGCUGAGUCCUUACCUCCAGGUAUUAUUGAAUCUCAGUCCGAUUUGUAUCUCCAUGGCUUGAGAAGAAAUCUUACAGAGCAGUUGGUAGCAAAACCAAAGUAUCUGCUGGUUUUAACUGUCGGAUAUCUUCAGAAGGCCAUAGUUGAUGAUAUUAUCUCAAAGUUUUCGGAGAACUUUUCGUUUGUUCUACUUCACUAUGAUGGGAAGACAAGUGAGUGGGACGAGUUUGAGUGGUCUCAACGAGCAAUUCAUGUCAGCAUAAGACGACAAACAAAGUGGUGGUAUGCCAAGAGAUUUCUCCAUCCAGAUAUCAUAGCCCCAUAUGAAUACAUAUUUCUCUGGGAUGAAGAUCUCGGAGUAGAGAAUUUUAAUGCAGAAGAGUAUAUUAAACUUGCAAGGAAGUAUGGGUUAGAGAUAUCACAGCCAGGAUUAGAUCCAAAGAAUUUCUUGCAAUGGUCGAUGACAGAGAGGAGGGAUGAUGUAGAAGUCCACAAGGAGACUGUUGACAGGACUGGUUGGUGUCGCGACCCACAUUUACCACCCUGUGCAGGGUUCGUUGAGAUAAUGGCUCCAGUUUUCUCACGAGAGUCGUGGCGUUGUGUCUGGCACAUGAUUCAGAAUGAUUUGGUACAUGGUUGGGGUCUAGAUCUCAGUCUGCAAAAAUGUGUGAAGCCAGCCCAUGAAAAGAUAGGUGUUGUUGAUGCCCAAUGGAUAGAACAUAAGGGAGUGCCUUCGCUUGGAGACCAGGGUAAAGCUAUUGAUGGAAAGGCCCCAUGGAAGGGGGUUCGGGCAAGGUGCUUUGCUGAAUGGAAAGAAUUUGAUAGACGAAUGUGGAAAGCUGAACAGGAGCACCUCAAUCUAACCAUGCAUUGAGUGGAUGACUACAUUUUGAGUGAUAGUCUGGAAUGCAAUUGCACUGAAGAAGGCUUAAUACAAAUCAAGAGACAGCUAAAAUUUUCUUCCCCAGUUGCCCAUUUGGGCUUUAUUUUCCUUCAGGAAUUCCCUUUUCUAUUCUCUCUGAAUAAAAUUUACUAUCAAUGUCAAAGUUCUCUCAUUGAAUUGUUUUUUA